UAUAGAAACCAGUAGAAAAUAACAGACCAAAGAUGGAAGGUAAUAAAUGGUUUAAUCCUCUGAUUUUUGCCCUCUUAAUCUCCUCUUUCUUCAUCAUUUGCAUUCUUUCUACUGGAAACCCAUUUUACCAAGCAUCAGUUAAAGCGCAAGAUCAAUUAAUAUUCGUUGAAUCAAGACUGCAUAUAGCCCCUACACGACCCAUAACAACAAUACCAAGAUUGGCAUAUUUGAUAUCUGGAUCGAGUGGUGAUGGGGAGAGCUUAAAGAGGACACUUAAGGCUUUGUACCAUCCAUUAAACCAGUAUGUGGUGCAUUUGGACCUUGAGACAACAGAUGAGGAGAGAUUAGAGCUGCUGAAAUUUGUGAAGAGGGAGCCUUUGUUUGUGGAAGUUGGGAAUGUGAGAGUAAUUAUGAAGUCCAACUUGGUAACUUAUAGAGGUCCUACUAUGGUUACUAAUACACUUCAUGCUGCUGCCAUUUUGCUCAAGGAAGGUGGUGAAUGGGAUUGGUUCAUCAAUUUGAGUGCUUCUGAUUAUCCUUUAGUAACCCAAGAUGAUUUGCUUCACACUGUAUGGACAAUUCCAAGAGAUAUUAACUUUAUUGAGCAUACAAGUGACCUCGAUUGGAAGGAGGAAUAUAGGGCCAAGCCUAUAAUAAUUGAUCCGGGGUUUUACAGUUUGCAUAAAUCUGAUGUCUUCUGGGUCCAACAACAAAGGAGUGUGCCAACAGCAUUUAAAUUAUUCACAGGAUCAGCUUGGAUGAUGCUCUCUCGGCCAUUUGUGGACUACUUAUUGUCUGGGUGGGACGGCCUCCCGAGGACACUGUUAAUGUACUAUGCUAACUUUCUCUCUUCACCUGAAGCAUAUUUCCACACUGUCAUAUGCAAUGUAGAAGCCUUUCGAAAUACUACAGUCAACCACGACCUUCAUUUUAUAGCGUGGGACAACCCUCCUAAGCAACAUCCGCACUAUCUCACUGUAGAUGAUUACCAGGAAAUGGUUGAAAGCAAUGCGCCAUUUGCCAGAAAAUUUGGCAGGAAUGAAUCAGUGCUUGACAAGAUUGACUCUGAGCUCUUGGGCCGCAAAGCUGAUGGUUUUGUUCCUGGUAGUUGGUUUAAAGGUGGAGAAGCAAAUGAAACUAUCUCACGCUACAUUUUAACAAACAUAACUUCAUUGCAACCUGGCCGGGGUGCUCAAAGACUAACAAGUCUGGUUUCUGGUUUCUUGAAUGAUAAAGAUUUCGACAAAAAGCACUGCCUCUAAUCAAGUGGAUGUCUCUGUGUAUUGAAUAAUGGACCGGACAACUGUUGCUAAUGCCCCUUUAUUAAUACUAUGUUGUAAUAAUGGAGGAUGAAGUAACUUUAUCAAUACAGCUAGGAAGACAUCUUCAAUUAGGAUUAGAAAUAUAUUGCUUUGAGAUAUGCUUAAUUGUUUCAGCCAUCCUAAUUUUGGAGGGUAAAGGGUUAAGGGCAGGAGGAUAUUGUUAUACGAGUGAAAUAGAUGCAUUGAAAGCAUUAAAAUAAA